UUUCCCACCCACUUUCACCGUGAACAAAAGGCCAUGUCUUCAUUUCCUACUUGGAUGCCCACAUUUCUAGGCAGCUCCAGUCAGCCAACGAAUAUACACCGUUGAAGAAAGACCCAAAUCACCCUUUCUUUUUUAUCGACAAUGGAACCUCUUUGUGCUUCCUUUUUGUUAUCUUUCCUCCUUUUCUUUGACCCUUCUUUUGCUUCUCCUUCCCACAUCUCCCACCUCUUUGAAACUUGGUGUGAUCAACAUGGUAAAAGGUACUCAUCAGAAGAGGAAAAAUCGUACAGGCUUAAAGUGUUUGAAGAAAAUUAUGCCUUUGUUACUCAGCACAAUGGUGUGGGCAAUUCUUCUUACUCUUUGGCUCUCAAUGCCUUUGCUGAUCUCACUCACCACGAGUUCAAAGCCUCCCGCUUGGGUCUCUCUGCUGCUGCCAUUGACGGUAGCCGACCAAACCUUCAAUUGCCGGGCCUUGUUCGAGAUAUUCCUGCUUCGAUGGACUGGAGGACGAAAGGGGCUGUAACAAAGGUCAAAGAUCAAGGGAGUUGUGGUGCUUGUUGGUCAUUCUCAGCUACUGGAGCCAUAGAAGGUAUAAAUAAAAUUGUUACCGGAACUCUUGUCAGCCUCUCUGAGCAAGAGUUGGUUGAUUGUGACAGAUCUUACAAUAGUGGCUGUGAGGGUGGGCUCAUGGACUAUGCAUAUCAGUUUGUCAUUGAUAACCAUGGAAUAGACAAUGAGGAAGAUUACCCAUACCUAGGUCGGGAAAAGACCUGCAACAAGGAAAAGCGGAAAAGGCGUGUGGUAACAAUUGAUGGUUACGCUGGUGUCCCAGCAAAUAACGAGGACCUACUAUUACAAGCAGUGGCAAAGCAGCCUGUGAGUGUAGGUAUAUGUGGGAGCGAGAGAGCAUUUCAGUUGUACUCCAAGGGGAUAUUUACUGGUCCAUGUUCAAGUUCCUUGGAUCAUGCUGUGUUGAUUGUAGGUUAUGGUUCAGAAAAUGGGGUGGAUUAUUGGAUUGUCAAGAACUCAUGGGGUACACGGUGGGGAAUGAAUGGCUAUAUUCAUUUGCUACGUAACAGUGGGGAUUCUAAAGGGCUUUGUGGCAUUAACAUGCUGGCUUCGUAUCCAAUGAAGACUAGCCCAAAUCCACCUUCUCCACCUCCCCCAGGACCAACUAAGUGUGAUCUUUUUACUUACUGUUCAGCUGGGGAAACCUGCUGUUGUACUCAUCGCAUAUUUGGAAUAUGCUUUUCUUGGAAAUGUUGUGAGUUGGAUUCUGCUGUGUGUUGUAAGGACAACCGUCAUUGCUGCCCCAAUGAUUAUCCAGUUUGUGAUACAAAGAAGAGUCAGUGCCUUAAGCGUGUUGGAAAUGCUACAAGAAUGGAAGCAUUUGAGAAGAGACACUCUACUCGGAAGUUCAGCAGUUGGCGGCCCUUUGUCGAGAAUUGGGUUCUGUAGAAUCAAAUUCCAAGUUGUACCUGUAAGACAUUUUUCAUAUGCUACUGUAGAAGUUCCAUUUUUUCACCACACAGGGAAGAGAUUGUAUCUAUGUAUUCAAAUUGUUGUACAUUUUGAAGCCUUCAAAUUGGUUGGCUGGUUGGUGGUAUCAUGUAGUAACCAUUGUUUCUUUAAAUAAAUGGAAGUAAAAAGGUGAACUAUAACUUGAAGGAA